AUGGUCUGCACAAAAUGCCAGAAGCUCGGCAAGGGUGCAACGGCCCUCGCCACGCCCUCCGUCAAGAAGAAGACCGAAAUCUACCACGGAUCCUCGUCCGCUUCGGCGUCCUCCUCCAAGCCGACGUUGGGGUCCACGGGCAUCGGCAAGAGCAAGCUGCUCUCCAAGGCUGCCAAGAACCCCUACGCCCAGUACUCGAGCGCCUGCUCAAAGUGCAAGACGAAGGUCUCCCAGGGCCACGCCCUUUGCCAGUCUUGCGCCUACAGGGCCGACUCGUGCGCCUCGUGCGGGAAGCCCAACAAGAAGGCCAAGGGUGCGGCGCCCUCCGUCGCUGGCCAAAAGUUUACGCUCAAGUGA